AUGGAACCUUCCGGCAUCCACCUGGUCUUUACCUGCAGCAGCUCCGCCACUGAUCACCUAGCGCAUUCCCCACUCUCUCGGGUCAUCCUCCGUGAAAGGCUGCCAUCGUCAUUCAUCCAACUGUAUUACACCGAUUGCCUACAAAUAGGCAAGGUUUUUGCGCUUGAACAUCUACAGCCAACUAUACGCAACGGUCACCACCAGUUUGAUCCGACAUUGAUAACAGACACAAUGGCGAGCACAGCCAAGUAUACGCCUGCUGCGCAGGAAGAUCCCGAUGCGCACCUCUACACGCAGCCGCCUCCGUCGUACCAGGCUGAGAGCAGCUCGGCGCAAGACAAUGCUGCCCUCUUUGGCGGCGCCCCUCGCAGCAGCGAAGACAACAUCCCCGAUGACUUCAAGUUCGGAGGUUCCGUUGCCGAAGCUACCCUCGAGAUCCGCAACCAGUUCAUCCGCAAAGUCUACACCAUUCUUACUGUCCAAAUACUCGCAACAACCCUCGUGAGCUCCCUAAGCUUCAUGAGCGAUGGCUACAGAAAUUGGAUUCAGAAUAACCCCACCGUUCUAUGGCUGUCUCUCUUUGGCUCCAUGGGUUUCAUGAUCCUCACCUACUGGAAACGUCACUCAUAUCCUACCAAUCUGCUCUUCCUCUCCGGCUUCACACUUCUUGAAGCCUACACCAUCUCCGUCAUUGUCUCUUUCUACGACUCUUCUAUCGUACUCAACGCAGUCGUGCUCACCGGCGGCAUCUUCAUCUUCUUGACGGCCUUCGCUUGCCAGUCCAAGUACGACUUCACUUCAUGGAUGCCAUAUCUCUUUGGCGCUCUUUGGGGCUUGGUCCUCUUCGGGUUUAUGUCCUUCUUCCUUCCUCACACCAGCACCACUGAGCUCAUCUACGGUCUGUUGGCCGCGUUGAUCUUCAGCGGCUACAUCCUCGUGGACACACAGCUCGUUAUGAGGAAGCACCAUGUCGAGGAGGAGAUCGCUGCCGCUUUGAGUUUGUAUCUUGACAUUAUCAACCUGUUCUUGGCCAUUUUGCGGAUUCUGAACAGCCAGAACAAUAACUAA